CGUCUAACAUCCGGAACUGGGUGUCGUGUACAGCAGGGGUGUAGUGAGAAGAUAUUUGUUGAUUUCGACGUCACUGCAUUCUAAUUUAACUUUUGUGGAGAACAGUUGUGUCUGUUGUGAUUGAACAAACACGGCGAAAGCGACAGUUGUGGUCUCAUAAGAUCGUGCAUCAAUCUAACCCGUGUCCUAGAGAGCUGGUGUGAUACCCCCCAGGAUGAUCUGAAGCCUGGGGUGCCCACAGUGAGAAGACCCUACAGGAGACCGCUGACAUCUACAGGAGUUGAUGAUACUGUAGCUGAGUGCUGACUGAAGGCAACCAUGACUGCUAAAACAGGCAAAGUGGACCCCAACAAGUUUGAGGGUGAAGGGUUGAAUUUCCGUGCAAAAUUGAUUGGCGUUGAUGAUGUUGCUGAGGCCAGGGGAGACAAGAUGUGCCAGAUGUCGAUGCAGAAGCUGAAAGCUUCAGUCAAGUCAGCUGGCGAACAUAAACAGAGAAUUGUUGUCAACGUCUCACUUGAGGGACUCAAGAUUAUAGAUGGAGUAUCUAUGGCUAUCCAGUACACACAUGCAGUUCACAGGAUAUCCUUCAUAGCUAGAGAUGUGUCCGACAGUCGGGCAUUUGGCUACAUAUUUGGUGUGGGAGAUGGAACACACAAGUUCUUUGCAAUCAAGACAGAAAAACAGGCGGAGCAGCUAGUGCUGACGUUACGAGACUUGUUCCAAGCCGUGUAUGACAUGAAGAAACAGGAAGUGGAGGAUGCCAAGAAGAAGCAGGAGGAAGAUCAACAACAGCAGCAGCAGCAGCAGCAGACCCAGCCAGAGACACCAGCCACAGGCGGGGAGCAGAAACCAACAGAGGCCGCACAGGAAGCACCAGAAGCUGUCUACCAGGUUCCGAACAAUGAUGUGUCUCCUGAAAGCCCUGAGCAUAUAUAUUCAGUGCCCCAGAACAACGCCCCUGUGGCCGGAGAGGAAAAGAAGAGUGGGUCUAAUCUGCUUGACCUGGAGGAUCAGCUGGAAAACAUAGAACUAGGAAUUCAGCAGAUGAGUUCUUUUGAUAUGUUUGACACCAACACCCCAGAUGCUUCCAAGUCAACAACUGACCCCUGGGGUACCAGUACUCCACAGGCAGACAUCAAACGAAAUGCUUCCGGGUCAAAUCUGGAUGACCUUGCAGGGCUGCAGAGUGGGUUUGGUGCUCAAAGUGCUUUCCCAGCUACAAGUGGAGGGUUUGGGGCAACCACAGCCAAUCCUUUCUCUGCACCUACCAGCCAACCAUUUGGAGGUCAGCCUUUUGGCCAGCCAACAUCUCAGCCAUUUGGCCAACCAGCAACUUCACAACCAUUUGGCCAGCCAACAACUUCACAACCAUUUGGCCAGCCAGCAACUUCACAACCAUUUGGCCAGCCAGCAACUUCACAGCCUUUUGGCCAACCAGCAACUUCACAGCCUUUUGGCCAACCAGCGACUUCACAAGCAUUUGCUCCAGGACCAGGAUCCAUGCCUCCAGGUGCUGCCUUUGGCAUGGCAUGCCAGGAACACCCAUGCCUGGAGCACAGACAAGCGCAGGUCCGUCCAGGUUUUGGUCCACCAGGGGCUGGAGGCUUCGGGCAACCAGCUGUCAGGGGCUUUGGACAAACUGCCCCAGCAGGAUUUGGUCAGCAGCCUUUUGGUGGAGCCUUAGGACAGCCUGCAGCAGGAGGCUUUGGUCAACCAGCUGCCUUUAUGGGAGGCCAUGGAGCAUUUGGAGCUGCUCAACCUGCCAUGGGGCAGCCUCAACAAAACCUUUUUCCUGACACAGAGCCAGAUCCCAAUAUCUUGACACCAACUGUUUUAAAUGAACCUGAAACUGAAGAAGUACCAACUGAACCCAAAAAGAAGGAUGCCUUUGCUGAUCUUGUCAACAUUGGUGGCAGUGAUCCCAAGAAGACACCCAAAGCCAUAUUUGAGUCUAUGAGUGCUCCUCCCAAGAAGUCUCUCAAUGAGCUGAAGGUUGAUGUCAACCCACCCAGGACUCCAUCCCCGGGGAUUCCUUCCCCUGGGGUCAUUUCCCCUGGCAUCCAACAGGCAAGUGACCCUUUUGGCCCUUUAGGAAAAGAAGCGGUUCGGUUACGUGGGUUAGCCGAUUCUUCUGAGGACCCCUUUGACACUUCUUAUGUGCACAUUCCUCAACCCACAUCGCAACCCUCCUCCUCUCCCCCAGCACAAGACGCUGACCCCUUCCUGCCAGCGAUGACCCUCACCAGCAGACUCUCAUGUGAAAAUACUCCAAAGAAACAGACACAAGCAGAUGUUUCAAAACACGAACACUUGCCUAAAAAGAGCCCAAAGAGGCUAACAAAUGGGAAUAUUCCUGUGUUCUCUGAUGACUUUAACCUCCCCUCACCUGAGGAACCACCACCACCUCUGCCAGCUGAAGUGAAGCUUUCUUUACCUGGCGGGGCACCACCUCCACCUCCCCCAAGACCUAAAGUUGAUACAAACUCUGCUUCUGUUCGUCCAAGGCCAGUUCCAAAGCCUCGUAAAAACACAUCCUCAAGCUCUUCCCUUUCAUCAACUACAGAUCCCUUCUUUCCCAGCUCCAGCACAGAUCCGUUCAGUGACACCUUUCCCUCUGCACCAAGUACUCAACCAAACCAGAAAUCUAAAGACCCAUUUUUUUUCUAGUCAGCCAAGUUUUGAAAACAAGCCAUUUGACAAUUGGGAUCCAUUUAGUGAUUUCAGUAGUGAUAUUUUUAAGGACAAUUGCUUCACAGUAUUCGAUUCCAGUACUGAAAAGAAUGGACCUACAUCAGUUUCAGAACAGCACAAAUAGAUCAGUGGUAUUAAGUGGAUCCACUAUAUGCUGCUGUCAACAAGAACCCGCCCCCAGCUGAUGAUUCUCUGAUUUAAAGAAGACCUGUAACAUGGACUUGGCACUGAUGUAGGUUCCUAGAAGAAUGGCAGUUCUUAGAACAGCGGAAACCAACAAACUGACAAAUACUCAUUGAAACAGGCAAUAGUAUCAGUGCAGUUAAACCCAUGAACAUAUAACUAUUGAGUAUUUAUCACACGUUUCAUUGGGUUUUCAAAACCACUUUUCAAAUUUUGAUAUAAACGUACAAACUUACAAGCAUCCAUACCACCAGCUUCAUGAAAGUUUGACAUCAUGAUUACCAAAUUUCCUAAAGUUUGUAUUUAUUUCCAUAAAAGACAGUGAUUUUAUAUUAAUGUGUUAAUUAUGAUGCAAGCCAGCUGUAUGAAAGGGAGAUAAUUUAUAAAGGGAGAUAAAUAUCUCAUUUGGGAAAACAAGGGAGCAAUGGCUCACAUUGCAUCUUGUAAAUUCAUGAUGGUAAUUAGGACUACUUUUAUCAUAUGUACAUGAAACAGAAUAUGUGUUGUACUUAGUGUAUCCUAGGGUUGUAAUAAUCUUAGACCAGUGCCUAUACGACUGUGAAAUCAGUGUGUGAACCAUGCAGUCAUAUAUUUCUCAACAUCUUAACAUUUGUCUCAGUUCCCAGCCCUGAACCACUGGAAAUUAGGCAUGAAAAUUCAGUCUCAUAUUCAACAAACUGGAAUUUUAUAACCACUUGCUUUAGGUUCCAGGUUUACAGAUUUUGGGGGUGGCCUAACAAAUACAAAUUUUAGACACCAAUGAUAGAAUAUAUUCUUCAUUGCCUUAGUAGCUCCACUGUUACAAUUAAAAUAAUGAUAAUGAUUGAGUCGCCAGCUGCAAUAUACUUUAGGAUCAAAUCUCAAGGACAUAGGACUGCAUAUUCAAAGCAAUAUAUUAGAAACACUUCAUUGGAUUUAUGUCAAACUAAAAUAUAGUUUACCUUAAACCUGAUUUCUUGAUCAAGUGGUAUAUAUUUGUCAUUUUAUGUACUUAGGUGCAAUGUUGAAAUCUGCUUGUUGAAACAGUCUGUAAAAGUUUAUUCUGUAUACAGUGUGAAUAACAUUUUCAAUAAAGUUCUGUGAUAAUGGAGUAUUCUUCUGAUGAGGAUUAUAUGUUGACGUCAUCUCUUUAGGAUAUUUGUUGGAUAUUUUAGGAUUGGUAUUUGUUUGUUUCACUUUUAUGUCCAGAUUAUAUGAAAUUCACCCAAUAUACUUACAUAAUGACCAAAUAUUGCAUUACCUUGGAAACAAAGGUAUGCGUUGUCAUGUCUAUCAACAGAUUGUCUAUACCAUUUGCAAGAAUUGAUAUUUUUUGUCCUUGCUUUGUUUCCUGAGAUUUGAAGAAUAUAUUGAUUUAUUACUUUUUAGGUAUAAAUUGGAUACUUUUAAACAAAACAAAUGUCACACUAGUAGUAGGUCAUGUUAACUUCAGGAACAUUUUAGUUUCUGCUUGUGUACAGGAUGGUUGGCAAACAUUGUGAGCAUGUUACACCACAUGUUAUGUGUUUCACCAACAGUCAGUGAGGCCUUUGUAAAAUAUCAUUAAUAUCAGUGGCUGUCACAGAUGUUAACAUUAUGUCAGUAAGUGUUAUACAUUAACAACUAUUGGUGACUGUCAUCACUGAUGUUAACAUUACCUGUGACUAUCAUCACCAAGGUUAACAUUACCUGUGACUAGCACUUUCUUUGUCAAGGCUAACUGGGAUGAUGUUAAUGUUGAAAGAUAAUAACUGAUGCUUGAGUCAUCAUCACUUCAGCUUCAAUAUGAUCAAAUGUGAUAUUUUUUACUUAAUCUAUAUUCUUUUGUAUAUCUCUAUGCAAUAAUCUGUAGCUUAACAAAUCAAGUUGUAUGAUGUGUGUUGCCAGUGAGUGCACUGUGUUCAUGUCCAGGGUUAUUUAUAUAGGUGCCUUCAAUGGCCGACAACUUCCGAGUCCACACUUUGUUCUGAUUUCUGAUAUUUUAUUAUGCAUGCACGUGAUAGAUUUGUAUAAGAAUAUACAGUUCAAUUUGACAUGAGUGAUUCAGUGAUACAUGCAACCAGCACAUGUUUUGAUACCAAUAUUUAGCAUAAUGUCGAAUCCUUACACACUGAGGUCAUAUCAAGCACCACCUUAGAUAGUAUGCCAUGCUUUUACCACUGGGUUCAUUUGUGAGUAUUCUAGUUAAUUUGUCAAAAGAUAGUUUAUAAUUAAUUCCAAAGGUCCUCACAAUACAAUAGUAAGCAUUUCUUACUUAAAAACGGCUAAGCUAUAUGCAUGUUAUGGUUUGGAAAUACCUGUAUUUAUUUCAUGUAGAAUGUCCAUGUCUAUAGUAGACGUUCCAUGCACUUUCUGUUGUAUAUUUAUAUGAUUCUCCAUUUGACUGUUGUGUGAAACAUUCCUCUUGCAUGUUAUGUCUAAUUUUCUAAGGCCUGACAAAUAACAAGAUGGAUCAUCAUGUAUGUGAACAGGAAGACUAAAACUUUCCAUGCUUUAACCAUCUUUCACUCCUUGGUGUUGUUGAAAGAUAAAGGAAAACCUCCAGGCAGAAUGAUUUUCCUUCUCAAAUAGCCUUGCUACAAAAUAAAGCACAUGCUUCUUUAUGUUUAGGGUAUGUGGAAAUUUGUUAUCUAUUUUCCCAAACAGGUUGAUAUAUAUUCCAGCAGAUAGAAAGGCGUAUAUAAUAUAACACUACUGGAGUUAUUGCAAAGUAUGGUAGCUUUGACUGAUGAAACAUACACAAAUAGAGACUUACAUCAAAUGAAUGGUCCUCUUUUCAUGAAGUAAUAGACUUGUCAGGUUUCAGAAUGUGAUUGUCAUAACUGCUGUUUUCACUCUUCUUAAAGGACCUAGAAUCUUUGUGUAGUUCAGACAAUUGUUACCUUUUGUUGCUUUGUAAAUUUCCCUUUGUUAAGUUUAAAUAUUUGAGAGAGAGAAAAUAUCCUUGUUGAAUUUGACAAUUUUAUUGUAAAAUAUACAAAUUAUUGCUUUACAGCCAAUGUGUUAUGUGCCAAUGAAUCGUUGAAAUGGAAUGUGAACUUUUAAUUUGCACUUUUUGCUCACAUAUUGACGGACCUAGAUUUAGGCUACCUGUGUGAUUAUGCAUAUUCCAGAAUUUGUAAAAUCAGAUUACAAGAUUGUGUCUUGGGAAGUCUGAUCUCAUAAUAGCAUAAUCCAACCCUGCCCAAAUGUUUUAACACAUUGUCAAUAACCUUUGCACAAUCCCAUGAAACUGUAUCAGCACCUUUCAUGUUUUAGUUUCUAUAAUAAGACGAUUUCAUUUGAAUAUUGUUUCAUACCAAACAUGUCAUAUUUUAUUUCUUGAACUGCAAUAGUAGAACAAGGAAUGAUUUUUAAGGGUACAAACAUGCAAGCAAGCAUUCAACACACAACUGCCAGUUUUACUUAGCCCUGUUUUAUAUUCAACUGAUAUCAAUCUUUUUACAUUUAAUUAAAGUUUGUGAACAGUUGAUUAUUUACAACUGGCAUUGAAAAUGCUACUUUCGAUUACUGCCUGCUUUGUCAUAAUUGUAUAAUUUGCUCAGUAUUAAAGUGCAGUAUUUUGACAAAACCUGUAUAGAAUUUUCAUGAAUUAUAUUUUCCCUUCUAGAAUGUCUUCCAUGGGUGUAUUGAGCAGUAUUUGAUGAAUGAAAUAUGAUGAUCUAUGCAGAAGUGAUUUAGAUGCAUGUCUUCCUCAUAUCUUUGCAGCCGGAAUUCAGAAUAAAAUAUACUUGAGAUUA